UACAGCUAGAAUUACAAGUAACAGACAGACCUGUGUGUGUGUGUGAUUUAUAGGCUACUGACAUAUACAGAGGGGUUCACCAAUCAACAUGGCUGCAAGUAUUUUAUCAAUUUUUGAAAAUACAUGUAUGAAUGCACUUCAUGAAGCAGUUUAAGGAACUCCAGUGUGAAAAUAAUUUGGAAAAGACAUGAAUUCUUCCACACAACAACGUGAUGUUCAUAAUGUGUGAUUGUAAAAAUAGACCAUGAAAAUCAUAUGGAAAGAAGGCCAGCUAAUUGAUAGUGGUUGAACUCUUCACUAUCAACAGGGAGGGGAGGUUAGCAUCUUAAAGUUAAAACCAAAGAUUUCAAAAUGCGUGUCUUCAAAAUGCUCCGAAAGAUGAAAUUUUGUCCUUGUUUAAGUGGACUCUCAAUGCUGCAGUUAUUUCUUGUAAUAUUUGUCUUGUUUAUGACGGUUCCCUUGGUAACGCAUUACUACAUCUCGAACAUAGGUGGCGAUACCGAACAACAGCGCUAUCUAUCACGCUCAAAGUUAGAUUAUGAUAAGGCAGACUUGGACCCGUUAAAACCUUCAAAACUGGAAAGCGAGAUUAAUGAUUUGCAGCGAAUAAAGGUCUCAGUGAAUAACGAACUUCGAACCUUAGAGAGCAAACGACAAAAAAUCCGGACCGAAAUUUCAGGAUAUGAAGCUCACGUCGAGGCUCUGAGAACGCAAUACGAAAGUUUAAACAAGGAAAUGAACCAAGUGAAAUUAGCCCUGGAACAAUUAAAGUUAGAAAAAGAAGAUGCCGUCCUGCAGUACAUACCAAAUAUUAAAGCUCCGCAGCGAAUAUUGACAGAUUUAAAUCUUGACGUGAAUGAAAUCAUUCCAAAACCGACAUCCAUAUUGUCACAAUCGUGUCGCAUGCACACAUGUUUUGAUUACUCCAUCUGCUCCCUUGUAUCGAGAUUCCCCAUUUUUGUUUACAAUUCCCAGGAAGUGUUGACCGAUUCCUUCGAAAUUAAUGAAUUUGUAGCCUCAUCUGUGAUUAAGGUGUUUGGCAAAAAUGCUUACAUAACCGAAGAAUCUUAUUCUGCCUGUAUUUAUAUUUUAGUUGUGGGUGAACUCGAAAAUCAAAACUUUGAUAAAUCUGCUUUAGAAUCCAUGCUUCAUAAUCUUCCAUAUUGGCAUGGUGAUGGACGCAAUCAUGUUCUCAUAAAUUUAGCCAGUAAUAUCCAUAAUAUUGACAUUUUAAGUGGUAUAAAUACCGGACGAGCGAUUGUCGUGCAAUCUGCUUUUAUUGAUAGUGUAUAUAGAACUGGGUUCGAUCUGGUAAUUCCACCACUUAUAGAAGAAUUAGCAGAUGGACCUGUGUGGCAAGAGUUACCCCCCUUGGCCCCUGUUCGUCGAAAAUAUUUUAUUUCUUUUAGAGGCCAGUCUAUAUCUCCACCUCAGAAUCAGGGUAAAUUUUUUGACAGUUUUAAUGAAGGGUUGUAUAAAAUCAACCAACAUAAUCAAAAUCAGUUUAGACGUCGACUGAAAAGUGUGUCCGAUGUUCCAACCAUUGUAUCCAUAGAAACACAGAUAGUUCAAGCUUUAAAAGACAUGGUAGUCAAAAUGCCCCAAGAAGUGCAUAUUGCCCUGUCGUGCGACAAAGGCAGUCCAGAAGGUGUCAUGUCCGAAUGGGCUCUUUGUGGAACAAAGGAACAACGAAGUGAAAUUUUGAAGGAAUCAACUUUUUCUAUUUUGGUUGCCCCAAAUAAUUUUUCAAUUGUGUCGACGACAGGUUUUCAAACUCGACUUUCAGAGUCUCUUAAAUACGGGGCAGUGCCAAUAAUAUUAGGAACCCAUGUGACAUUACCAUAUUCGGAAAUACUGGAUUGGGACAAAGCUGUGGUGUUUUUACCUACUGCGCGAGUCACAGAAAUAUUUUUCUUUCUGCGAACGUUCACUGACAAUGACAUUUCAUUUUUUCGGCAUCGUGGUCGGUUUAUUUGGGAGACAUAUUUUGCAACCACUGAAAACAUAAUUGACAGUGCUUUAGCUGUGCUAAGAACCAGACUUCAAAUUCCUCCACGGCCUGUCAAGGCGGAACCCGCGCCUAGUGUAUUUAACGCAUCUUUUAUUCCAUUGAAAUAUAACGGCCCCGAGACGGAGCCGGAAACAGAUGAAUUUCUUGGACCCAAGGAGGAGAGGUUUGCAUCAGAAGAGUUUAAGAGAAAUUACACAAAGUUCUUCUUCCGAGACUCCUUUAACCAACCUGGUGACCCAUUUCAUCUUUACCCAUACACGCCCAUUGACCCCUUAUUGUCUGCAGAUGCCAGAUUUUUGGGAUCUGGUUUUGGUUAUCGACCUAUAGGUCAUGGAGUUGGUGGUGCUGGGAAGGAAUUUAGUGAGUCGUUGGGAGGAAACGUUCAACGUGAACAGUUUACCAUUGUGAUGCUGACCUAUGAAAGAGAAGAAGUGUUAAUGAACGCUUUAAAGAGAUUAAAAUACCUACCUUUCUUAAAUCGAGUUAUUGUAGUCUGGAAUAACCAGAUACCUCCAUCUGUAGAGUUGCGCUGGCCAGAUAUAGGAGUACCACUAAAUAUUGUAAAGACUGCCAAGAAUAGUCUCAACAACCGCUUCCUACCGUUUGAUAUAAUAGAAACAGAAGCUGUGUUGAGUAUUGAUGAUGAUGCACAUUUAAGACAUGAUGAGAUUAUAUUUGGUUUCAGAGUGUGGCGUGAAGAACGAGACAGGGUGGUAGGAUUUCCAGGACGAUUUCACACAUGGGAUGUGAAGAAUAAAAGUUGGUUAUAUAAUUCUAAUUAUUCAUGUGAACUGUCGAUGGUGCUGACUGGAGCAGCCUUUUAUCAUAAGUACUAUGCCUAUUUAUAUACGUACAGUAUGCCACAAGCUAUCCGUGAUAAAGUCGAUGAAUAUACUAAUUGUGAAGAUAUAGCCAUGAAUUUCCUAGUCUCACAUAUAACCAGAAAACCUCCUAUAAAGGUGACAUCAAGAUGGACGUUCCGAUGUCCAGGCUGUCCACAGACUUUAUCAAGUGACGAUUCUCACUUUCAAGAGAGACAUCAGUGUAUUAACUUUUUUGUGAAAGUUUACGGCUACAUGCCGUUACUUUUCACUCAAUACCGCGUAGAUUCUGUGCUUUUCAAGACGAGACUUCCCCACGAUAAACAAAAAUGUUUUAAAUACAUUUGAUUGUUUUAAAUAUUGAGAUUUUUAUCAGGUCAUGUGAGCUGUCUAAAGAUUUAAUAAUAAACUCUCCUUUUUUUUAUAUAAA